AGAGAUGAAGGCGAGAUGUUGUCUGUAAAUCAUCUCAGUGAAACACAUGUCUACUGUGUAAUUUGCCUGCCUGGGGUUGAUUUGAUUUCCUCUCCUUUUCCCAUAUCUGCCAAAAGACAACACAUCCUGACGACACAAACCUACCAAAUGACAGGUUUGCAGAUUGUGGCUUUUCUCAGCGGCCUUGCUGGACUGGGUGCCACUAUUGGUGCCACAGUGUCCAAUGAAUGGAGGGCCACUAGCCGGGCAUCCUCAGUCAUUACAGCAACCUGGGUGCUCCAGGGUCUGUGGAACAACUGUGCUGGAAACGCCAUUGGAGCUCUUCACUGCAGACCUCAUCAUACAAUCCUUAAACUAGAAGGGUGGGUGCUGGUGUCUUCCACCUUACCGACGGACUACUGGAAGGUGUCUUCUCUUGAUGGAACAGUCAUCACCACCGCAACCUACUGGUCCAAUCUGUGGAAGACCUGUGUCACUGAUUCAACAGGAGUAUCCAACUGCAAAGACUUUCCCUCAAUGCUGGCACUGCAUGGUUACAUCCAAGCAUGCCGGGGACUGAUGAUUGCAUCGGUCUGUCUUGGUUUUUUUGGUACUAUAUUCACUCUAGUUGGAAUGAAAUGCACCAAAAUCGGAGGAACUGAUAAAAACAAAGCCAGGAUUGCCUGCUUUGCUGGUGUUGAUUUCAUUCUUAGUGGCCUCUGCUCACUGUCGGCGUGCUCCCUUUACGCACAUCGAAUAACAUCAGAGUUUUUUGACCCAAUGUUUAUUGCACAGAAGUAUGAACUGGGAGCUGCUCUCUUUAUCGGUUGGGCAGGUUCUGUCCUCUGUAUCAUUGGAGGAAGCAUGCUCUGUUUCUCCAUCGCAGAUUCCUUCGCCAAAAGCCACAGUCGGGCAAACUAUAUCUACAAAGGUGCAACCUCCCACUCUCAUAUCUCCUCGUACCCAAGAGGGCAGGCACACUCUGUAAACCAGAGGCCGCCUCCAGACUACAGUAGUUCCUCCAGGAUUCAGCAAUUUGACAAGAAUGCAUAUGUUUGAGGAACGUUAAUAUAAAAUACUUUAAAUUGGAGCCACCGUUCAGUCCUAAAAGGUAUAGUCUAAAAGACACAGAACACUACAUGAGACGUGGUGAUUUCUGUCUAGCAGCAGCACAAUUACCUAAGUUCAGUGGUAUGAAUUUUCAAAGAUAUGACAUUUCACUAUUCUGGGAAUUUAUCUUUUCUAUACAAGAAAGUUCAACGGCUCUACAUAAUUUUGUACAUUGAAUACCUUUAAUUAAAAUUUAAAAACACUUGUAAUGUCUGCAUCAUUUUCUAUUUUAACAGCUGUAUAUGGCAUUAACUUUUGUUAUAUUUUUCUUUCCUUGUUGGUUGUAAAUAACCUGCGUAUGCAUAUUUUUUGUAUGAUUUUAUAAAAAGUUAAGUUAAAGGUAAGAGUUUGCAUCUUGUCAUUUUCUGUAAGUACACGUGUAGUGAAUCAUAAGAAGUCUGAUUUUCUAAACAUAAAAUAUAAAUAUAAAUUUAACUGAUAAAGAUAAAUAAAAUUUGCUGCAGAGUUUA